UCGGCACCAAACCCACCCUCACAUUCCUUCUCCCACUCCAAGCGUACUGAGUUGGCAGCCUUCCUUCUGUGGAUACAUAUCAAAUUUUGCCGCGCGUCGGUUUUUUUCCUGCCCUCGCCGGCUCUCCCUGCUCUUGCCACACUUUGGAAUUGUCGGCGGCCCGACUGUGCUGGUUACAUCUGCCACCUGUCUGCCUCGGCUCCCACGCCUCACUCUGCCCUGCCUAUGAUCCGGCUGCCCUUCUAAACGUCCGACCGACCGAGUGCCUUCUGGUGCUGACCAUUUCGUUGUUUGGUACAAUUCCCACUGCUGCCAUUGGAUCCUCAAGCCGUGUCCACAAUGACUUACUUCUCCUAUGGUGUGCUACUGCUGCUACGUGGACUCGUCAUCUCUGCAGUGUUGGGAUAUGAGGGCACUUACUCAAGUGAUCUUUCCAGCCAUGCCACCUCGGAAGCCCCAAUUGUUGCAACUACAGAUCCCUGCUUGACAGUGAUGCCUCCCUGCAUGAACGAGGCGGACCGCUUCAGUCUAGAUGCCCUGCGGCACAUCCACAAGCAGCUGGACGAUGACAACGACGGGGGCAUAGAGGUCAACGAGAGCGUGGAGUUCAUCAUAGAGGACAUGAAACAGCAGCAGACGAACAAGCACAGCAACCUGCACCGCGAGGACCAGCACAUCACCGUGGAGGAGUUGUGGAAAGGCUGGAAGUCGUCUGAGGUUCAUAACUGGACACUGGACGACGCAGUGCAGUGGCUGAAGGAGUCUGUGGAGUUGCCUCAGUAUGAGAGCAACUUCAGAGAUUUCAGGGUGGAUGGAAACACCUUGCCUCGAAUAGCGGCGAACGAGCCGUCGUUUAUGUCGUUGCAGUUAAAAAUAUUAGACCAGCGACAUAAACAGAAAUUAAACCUCAAGGCCCUUGAUGCUGUGCUGUUCGGCCCACCGCUACGACCCCAGCACAACUGGCUAAAAGACUUCAUCCUGAUGGUGUCCAUUGUGAUUGGUGUGGGCGGCUGCUGGUUUGCCUACAUGCAGAACAAGUCAUCCCGCGUGCACGUGGUCCAGAUGAUGAAAGACCUGGAGAGCCUGCAGAGCGCAGAGCAGAGUCUCCGGGACGUCCAGAGCAGGCUGGAGAAGGCUCAGGAGGAGAACCGGACGGUGGCGGUGGAGAAGCAGAACCUGGAGCAGAAGAUGCGGGAUGAGAUCUGCGGGGCCAAACGAGAGGCCCACCGCCUGCGGGAGCUCCGCGAGGGUGCCGAGAGUGAGCUCAGUCGACUCAAGUACGCCGAGGAGGAGCUUGUGCAGGUGCGCAUGGCUUUGAAGCGGGCAGAAAAGGAGCUCCAGUCAGAGUGGUCAGUGCCAGAGGCCCUGCAGAUGUGGCUGCAGCUCACCCACGAGGUGGAGGUCCAGUACUACAACAUCAAGAAGCAGAGCGCCGAGCUCCAGCUGGCCAUCGCCAAGGAAGAGGCGGAGAAGAUUAAGAAGAAGAGGAGCUCAGUGUUUGGAACAUUGCAUGUGGCCCACAGUUCGUCCUUGGAUGAGGUGGACCACAAGAUCCUGGAGGCCAAGAAGGCCCUGUCGGAGGUGACGGCGUGCCUGCGUGAGCGGCUGCACCGCUGGCAGCAGAUCGAGAAGCUGUGCAGUUUCCCCGUGGUGCACAACUCGGGCCUGCCCAGCCUGACCGCCUCGCUCUACUCUGACCACAGCUGGGUGGUCAUGCCCCGCGUCUCCAUGCCGCCCUACCCCAUUGCCGGUGGUGUCGACGACCUCGAUGAGGACAUGCCGCCCAUCGUCACCCAGUUCAACCGUGAGUCCAUGCCAUCCCAAAUGAUGCGGCCGCCGUUGACGCGUAGCAGCAGUGUGUGUCGCUCGCGCCGGAGCCUGCUGAGCUCCCAGCAGCCCUCGCUCAUAUCGCCGGACCCCGACCUGCUGCCCAUGGGCAGCGCCGCCCUACUGCCCCCCUACCGCUCAGACGCCUCCGCCGCCGAGGACGAGCACAUCUUCUUCAGCGUGGAAAGGAAGGGGGACAAUCAGGACACCUGUUCAGACACAGACUCUCUCAGCUCCUCCCAGGGCAGGAAGCACUACGCGGGUCCCUGCAGCUCGGGCCAGGACACCCCGCAGCGCAAGAUCUCUCGCGAGGAGCUGAUCCUGCUGUGCCAGGAGCACCACCACCAGCUCUCAUCCUCCUCCACCACCACAGACCCUUCCCCUCCACCCCCACCGGUCCCCAGCCCGGCCCACGGCCACACCCCGCCUCCCCACCACCACCAGCACCACCCCCAAGGCCACAAGGGCUCCCCCGACCUGACCCGCACCACCAUCCCGGAGUCGCAGAGCAUGACCUUCCACACCGGCAGCGUCAAGCUCCACAACGGCAUCCUGGAGAAGUCCUACAGCAUGGGCCAGCUGCCCGCCUCGGCGGUGGUGGCGGCCGCCGCAGCCGUUUCGGACGCGCGCCACCCGUCCCUCUGCUCCCUGGACUCUGAGGUCAAGAACCCCAAGGAGAUGAAGGCAAUUCACAGCUCCUCCUCACAGGACUCUUGCGACAAUGGAGAAAAGAAACGCUCCAAGAUCAAGAGCUUGUUCAAAAAGAAGAAGUAAUAUAUCGUUUAAUAACUUUGGUGAAUAGAAAUCAUAUAAAGACUAAAGAAAAAAAAAAAAAAAAACAGAAAAAAGGGGGAAUAUAAAAAAAAUGAGUGAGGAAAAAAGGAGAGAGAUGAAAAAAAGAGAAACUUGCUUAGCCUUAAAAGAAUGGACCUUUGACAGAAACCAAAACUGUUUUUUUUUUUUUGUCAUAGUUCCUUAUUUUAUGUCUUUUAUUUUUGUAAGUCAGAAUGUAGCUCUACCCCAGGAAGUCCUACUGGGUUGGUAGCCUUUGUACGACACCUCACGUUUUGUUUCUGCUUC